AUGAGUGGGCACGAAUCACGAGAGCUACGUAGUAACAAAAAAAAUAAAGAGAUCUCUAAAACAAAAGAAGUAACAACAACAAAAAAAGCAAUAAAAACAAAAAAGAAAGUUAAAAAAACAAGAAAAUCAAAAACUGAAAUGGAACUU